UUCCCACAGGCAUCAAAUUUUCUCCAAAAGCCAAAACCCUCUCUGUGUUGAUGUCUUCUAUCACGAAGAAGCGCCCAAAAUCAGGUUCCAAGAGCCCCAAACCUGAUCUUGAGCCCACUUUAUCUUCUUCACAUUCUUCAUUGAUGGAACCACCCCAGAGCUUGUUUCCUUCGAAGGAAGAGUUCUUGAGACUGAUAGCAGUUUUGGCAAUCGCUUCUUCGGUGGCUUUGACAUGUAAUUUCAUAAUAAGAUACAUUAAUCCCACCACGAAGCCGUUCUGCGAUAGCAAUAUAGACUCUUCUGAUUCUUUCUCGGAUUUUUGUGAGCCUUGUCCAAAAAAUGGAGAAUGUACUCAGGGCAAGUUGGAAUGUGCUCGUGGCUAUAGAAAGCAUAGAAACAUAUGUGUAGAAGAUGGAGAGAUUAAUGAAAGAGCUAAGAAACUUGUCUGUUCUAUGAAUCUUAUUCAUUAUGAAUGGGUGGAAAAUCGACAUUGUGAAGCUUAUGCUCAAUUUUUGUGCUAUGGAACUGGGAAAAUUUGGGUACAAGAAGAUGAUAUUUGGAAUGAUAUAGAUCGACACAAACUGAUGGAAAAUUUAAUGCCAGACAAUGCUGUUAAUAUAUAUACCAAAAAGAGGGCAAUGGAUAUCAUUGAUGGUUUAUUUGAGACGAGGACAAAUACUUAUAGGAGCAAAGAGUUGAAGUGUCCUGACUCAGUUGCGGAACAUUACAAACCAUUUACCUGUCGCCUUCGCCAAUUGGUCUCCAAGCAUGCUUUUGUUAUUUCAACACUUUGUGUACUGGUGGUGGCAUCUGCAUUAUUACUUCGGAAAGUCCAACGUAAAUUAUAUUUAUCAACCCGAGGUGAAGAGCUUUACCACCAGGUUUGCGAGAUCCUUGAAGAGAAUGCCUUGAUGUCAAAGACAUCAAAUGGUGAACCUUGGUUGGUUGCCUCUCAGUUACGAGAUCAUCUACUUUUGCCCAAAGAAAGGAAGGAUCCUAUGUUAUGGAAAAUGAUUGAGAAGUUGGUACAGGAAGAUUCUCGAAUAGAUCAGUAUCCUAAGUUGGUGAAGGGUGAAUCAAAAGUUGUGUGGGAAUGGCAAGGUAAGAUGUUCUUGCUCAAUUUCACAGUUGAAGGAUCUUGGAGUUCUGCGAGGAUGAAGAAAAAAGGAGAGGCAAGAAAACUGAAUUUCAAUGAAGACAUCAAACCAAAUUCUGAUAGACAAAUCCAUGCUUUGAAGUCUGAACCCAAUACACUGAUGUUUUGACAUGGGGCUGCUGCUUCAAAAGGUACUAUAGUUCUCCCUCUUCAUUGAGCUGAAACAACCUUAGUUCCUGGCAAAGGGAAUUCUGGAGGUUUAGUCUAGGCCACAUUUUAAAUCAAAUUUGUAUAAGAUUUCUGAUGGGUGUGAAGCUUGUAAAUGGACGAGUUGAAUGUUUUCCUUGAGGGGAGAUUACACGAUCAACUAUUAUGGAGCUUUUGUUGAUAAGUUGACUGGCUGGAAGAGAUCCGUUAACAUCUUGUCUGUCUUGGUUUCUUAUUAAUAGUUGGAAUAGGUAGUUUUUCCUGAGGUUUUGAGUGCCCUGGAAUCCUUGUACAUGAAAUUUAUUGUAUUGAUCUGAAAUGUAAUUGAUAUUGUUUGCCUUUUGCAGUUUAGUACUUAAAAGCCAUUUUGCAUAUCACAAGGAUCAGCAAUACAAAGAAUCAACUCUUUUUUCU